UUGACAAAAAAAAGUGUAUGACAGCAUACUCAACUGCAGAUCUGUGUGUGUUUUUGUUUAUUUGUAAAACUUACUGAUGAGCAUCUUAUUAAAACAAUGGAACAGGUUUAGUGACAGGUGACAGGGGAUGGCUGUGUCAUUGUCAUAUAAAAGAGGGUCAAUUAUCUAUCUGUGGAUAAAUGAGAUAGAACAAAAAAAAAAAGGCACACUCUUUUAGCACCUAAUAGGACCUUAUGUAAAUGUUGAUGUGCAUCAGCUCACGUUUUAUGUGCACUUCGGAGUCACAUGAUCGCUCAUUAACGCCAUGCAAACUCUAGGCAGCCCAAGUCCAGGCCCUGCUUAGCCUAACUUCAGACAUUCAAAUAGCCGUGCUUUGCCAGAGACAUGGGACACAGCAGUCACGGGGGACUUUUCCUUCGGAGCGACAGACGGCAACAAACACUACAAGGAAAGGAGCUAUCAUAGUCAAAUAUGAACAGAAGAUGCUACCUUCACUUUUCGGAUGGUUUGAAUUUUUAUCCGUGAAUUGCUAUCCGUCUUAUCCGUGAAUUGUUGAUACCUACGGCGAAACGGUGCCCACAACUUCAGUUAGCGCAACAGCUUCACUGCCCAGCUGGCCAGAUGGGGUGCCAAUGCUGUAGGAUGAUUAAAAGUUACAUCUAUGAUCCGACCGUUCCGGUGGAUGUCCACGGCAGGAAGAGGGACCCGGCAGAGAGCUCUCUCUACCGGCCCCACUACCUCCCAGCAGACGGUGUGGACCAGUCCAACACCAAGCAGAAGCAGGGCUUCCACAACCUGGGCUUCAGCAACAACAACAAGUACAACGAUGAAGGAGGUGGAGGACGAGGAGGAGGCCUCAAGCUGGAGAUCGACAACAACCAGAUCAACAAGCUUCACGCCGUGCCCGCCAACCCAGAGAGGGGGCAGGCAGUCAAGCCUUGGGCAGGGGAGGGUGGUGGUGGUCUGUAUAUCCUCCAUCCAGAGGGCCAGGUGCCAAGACAAGAUCCAUCUAAGGGCCCCAGCCAAGUCCCAAUCUACCCCAACACACUCUCCCUGGAUCAUAGUCACAAUCUGACCCACUUGGGUGACAAUGACUCCCACAAGAUUAGGAUGGUCCAAAAUGGCUUGAACGCCUCCAUAGGGGACCGGUCCGGAGUUGGGUGCUACACCUCGUUGACGGACGAGCUGGAUGAGGGGGUGGGGGGCACGCCUGAGUACCUGUGCGACACGGGGGACGAGGCGAGCGUCCUGUCUGCGGACAUUCCAACCAGUACGACUAGCCUGUCCUCGGCAGACACGAAGGAUGAUAGGAGGGCGCCGGACGCCACUACCGUAGAGAGUGGGAUCGGGAUCUCGGUGACGAAGAGCGACGAUCAGGGAGGGGAAGAAGAUGACGUGCAGAGCGUCACAGACUCUAUGGUGGCGGAAGCUCUGGGGGCUCUAGAGGCAGCGACCGCCGGGGAGGACUAUGAGGACUAACUCUUUAAAAACUCUUCAAUCUUUUCUACAAGGCCUCUAACUAUUCCAAAAAACACAAUCUAACUUUGAUAUAUAUUUAGCUUCAAUAUCUGCUGGGGUGAACAGAACAAUAUUUAAAAAAAACUAAAAUAUGGAUUUAUUUUUUAACAUACUGUAGAUCAUACAUUUUUUUCUAGUGAGUCACGGACAUAUGUGUGACUAUUUUUCCAGGGAUUGGGUUGCGUAACGGUUGUCUGUUGCCUUAAUGUUUGUUGUACUCUGAGGAGCAAGAGAGAAUAAUACUCUUGGCACUCGACUGUGAACAUUCCCAGUGACUUAAUCUUAAUUCCUAAACUACAGUACAUUUGACACUCCUUGGUCUACACUGAGUAUACCAAACAUUAGGAACACCGUCCUAAUGUUGAGUUGCAACCCCCGACCCCCCAUUAGAACAGCCUCAAUUCAUCGGGGCAUGGACUCUACAAGGUGUCGAAAGUGUUUCACAGGGAU